CGAAGAACGAGAGAGAGAGAGAGAGAGAGAGAGAGAGAGAGAGAGUCCAUGGCGUUCAAGAGCUUAGAUUGUAUAACGGUGGAAGAUAUCGCUGCUCUCGGAAUUUCUUCCAAAGUUGCAGAGGAACUCCAUAGAUAUCUCACUGAUAUCAUUCGAAAUUACGGGAACACCACGGCGGAGACAUGGAAGAACAUCAGUGAAAGCCUUUUAAACCCUGACCUCCCUUUUUCGUUUCAUCAGAUGAUGUAUUACGGAUGCUACAAGGACUUCGCCUCUGAUCCUCCUGCUUGGAUUCCCAAUCCGGAGAAUGCGGUUAUGACCAAUGUUGGCGGAUUUCUAGAGAGGCAUGGAAGAGAGUUGCUUGGCUUGAGAUACAGGGAUCCCAUCUACAGCUUCUCUGAUUUUCAGAAAUUUUCCGUCUUGAGCCCUGAGGUCUAUUGGAAACUGGUAUUGGAUGAGAUGGAUAUCUCCUUUUCAGUACCUCCAUCGUGCAUUUUACGGGAGCUUCCCUCAGAGCAAUGUCACUUAUCUCAUCCUGGAGGCCUAUGGUUACCAGGAGCAUUUUUCAAUUCAUCUCGUAAUUGUUUGGAUUUGAAUGGGAGGAGGAAUGCGUGUGAUAUAGCAGUCAUAUGGCGUGAUGAAGGGGAAGAUGAUCUACCUGUAAAACGAAUGACGCUUGAGGAAUUGCGUUCUGAGGUCUGGUUAGUUGCAUAUGCACUCGAAACAUUGGGCCUGGUCAAAGGAUCUGCCAUUGCAAUAGAUAUGCCAAUGACUCUCACUGCUGUGGUUAUCUACCUAGCCAUCGUAUUGUCAGGCUAUGUUGUGGUAUCGAUUGCUGAUAGCUUUGUCCCUAAUGAAAUAUCGACAAGGCUCAAAAUAUCAGAUGCAAAAGUGAUAUUCACUCAGGAUUUUAUUACACGUGGUGGCAAAAGUCUACCGUUAUAUAGUAAAGUUGUUGAUGCUCAAUCACCUCCAGCAAUUGUUGUCCCUACUAGAGGCUCUAGCUUCAUCAGGAAAUUGCGUGACUCUGACCUGUCUUGGCAUGCUUUUAUAGACAGAGUCAAACACUCCAAAAAAGGUGAAUUCACUGCAGUUGAGCAACCUAUAGAUGCAUUCACAAAUAUCCUAUUCUCAUCUGGAACAACAGGUGAACCAAAGGCAAUCCCAUGGACACAUGCGUCUCCUCUCAAGGCUGCUGCUGAUGCGUGGUGCCACCUGGAUAUUCGUAAAGGUGAUGUUGUUGCUUGGCCUACUAAUCUUGGCUGGAUGAUGGGUCCUUGGCUUGUUUAUGCUUCCUUGUUGAAUGGGGCUUCCAUGGCUUUAUAUCAUGGUUCCCCACUUGGUGCUGGUUUUGCGAAAUUUGUACAGGAUGCUAAAGUAACAAUGCUGGGAGUGGUUCCAAGCAUUGUUAGAACAUGGAAAAAUACCAAUUGCACAGCUGGCUUUGACUGGUCUUCCAUUCGAUGCUUUAGCUCCACUGGGGAGGCAUCCAACAUAGACGAGUACCUAUGGCUGAUGGGAAGAGCAUUUUACAAACCUGUCAUUGAGUACUGUGGCGGUACCGAGCUUGGUGGUGGAUUUGUUUCGGGUUCAUUGUUGCAGCCUCAGUCUUUGGCUGCAUUUAGUACACCUGUUAUGGGUUGCACCCUUUUUAUCCUUGGCAAUGAUGGAAAUCCUAUUCCACUAGACAAACCAGGAAUUGGUGAGCUGGCUCUUGGUCCUGUCAUGCUUGGAGCUUCACAUGUGCUACUUAAUGCAGAUCAUUAUGAUGUCUACUUCAGAGGAAUGCCUAUCUGGAAUGGGAAGGUUCUCCGGAGGCAUGGGGAUGAGUUUGAGCGAACAUCUGGGGGUUACUAUCGGGCACACGGUCGUGCAGAUGAUACAAUGAAUCUUGGUGGCAUCAAGGUAAGUUCCAUUGAGAUAGAGCGUAUAUGUAACGGAGUUGAUGAUUCUGUGCUUGAGACUGCAGCCAUUGGGGUGCCACCUUUAGGAGGUGGGCCUGAGCAGUUGGUCAUUGCUGUUGUUUUCAAGGAUCCAAAUAAUGCAAUGCCCAAAUUGGAUCAAUUAAAAAUGUCAUUCAAUUCAUCACUGCAGAGAAGACUGAAUCCUUUGUUCAAGGUUUCAAGUAUUGUGCCUGUUCCAUCUCUUCCAAGGACAGCCUCAAAUAAGGUCAUGAGAAGAGUUUUGCGGAAGCAAUUUUCCCAGCUCAAAAAAGGUGCUAAAUUAUGAUAGAAAAUAUUCCUACAAUUCUUGACUAGGCCCUUGGACUCAAAAUAUGUUGUCAUUUUGUUAUCUACCUUGUCAAAUAAAUAUGUAAGGCCUGAUUUAUUCUCCAAAUAUCUGCACCGCCUUGCCCUCGGGUAAUAAAAGAGAGUUUUCGUGUAUGAUGUUAUGCAUUUAUGCUUGCAGAACCUGUCUCUUAUUGUCAACCUGUAGGUCUUCAGUUUAUUUCCAGAAAAAUGCUUUGGAUGAAGGAAAAAUAUAUAAUUUUGUGAAAUAUAAUACCAUUUAAUUC